GCCAGCCCCGCCGCCGGGGCACGGCAGCGCGGCGUGCUCUGGGCUGGAGGGGAGCCGCGAGGAUCAUCGGCCCCGCGUCCCUGCACGGCAUCCGCCCCGCCAUGGAGCCGGCCCCAGAGCUGAAGAGGAAUAGUUUCCCCAGCAUGAACUUUGAAGCAGAGAUUCUGACAACUCCACACGAUAAUUCAGAGCUCUACAUGAUCCCUUCCAUGAGAAGCCUCACGGCUGAGGAGUAUGUGGAGGCCUUUAAGUCAUUCUUGGAUCACUCAACAGAGCACCAGUGCAUGGAUGAGUUCAACAAGGAACAAAUGCCCAACAUCGUGGCUGGUCUCGGCACUGGAAAAUCGACCAUCAGCGUUCUGGGAGUUGGGAGUGGCACAGGUGAGCAGGAUUUGAAAAUGAUCAGGAUACUGCAGGCUGUGCACCCAGGGGUCUCUAUUGACAACGAGAUUGUGGAGCCCAACCCACAGCACGUGGCAGCUUACAAAGAGCUAGUGAAUCAAGCUCCAGACCUGCAGAAUGUUUCUUUUAUUUGGCACCAGCUCACUUCCUUGGAAUAUGAACAGCAGGUGAAGGAGAAAGGCACACAUAAGAAAUUUGAUUUCAUCCAUAUGAUCCAGAUGCUGUACCGUGUGGAGGAUAUUCCCAAUACUAUCAAGUUUUUCCACAGCUGCCUCAACCAUCACGACAGCAGCGGAUGGGCCAGCCUGUGGAGGAAGCACAGGGACUGCCUGCCCGCCACCGACAGCGGCCACUACAUCACCUGCAGCGGCAUCACGGACGUGCUGCAGAGGCUGGGGCUGGAGCACCGCGUGUACGAGUUCCCGUCGGGCUGGGACAUCACCGAGUGCUUCGUCGAGGGGGACGCGGUCGGCGGCCGCAUGAUGGAUUUCCUGACGGGGACGAGAAACUUCCUGGGCACGGCCCCGCCGGCGCUGCGGCGGCGGCUGCAGGAGGCUCUGUGCCAGCCCGAGUGCAGCAGCGCCAGGGACGGCAGGAUCAUCUUCAGCAACAACCUCAGCAUGAUCGUCGUGGAGUCCUAGACCUCGCGGCCUGCCUGGACUCGUUUUUUAACAUCCUGUCCGUGCUUUCGCCGGGACCUCCAGUUUUCCGUGUAGCCGGCACCUGCAGACGAGUCCGCGCCACCUUUGCAGCUGGGAGGAGGUGGCAGGCCGUGUACGCACCCGCUGCUUCCAUGUGUGCCAGGACAAAACCAGCAAGGUGUCCCUGCUGCUUUGCGCCCAGGUAAUGUCCCUGCAGCCAGGCCUGAGCUGUAAGCUGCUCUGCGCUGGGCUAUUUCACGUGGUUUUACCAGUUUAUCAUUCACUGCCCCAAGUCUCUCAGCAUCUCACCAUAUAGACGUGUCUUAAAAAAUUUAUCAGCCUUUUUGUCUGGAGAGUAUUUUGGAACCCAGGAUGACACUCGCCCUGUACUCUUUCAGGCAGAUGUUAAUUUUGUUACUUUCUUACUACUGUUUGUCUUCAUAUAAAAUA